AUGGCCUUCCCCAGCAUCCUCCGGGCCAAGCGCAUCCUGCUCACCACCGAAUCGUUCGGCCCCGUCAACGGCGUCAGUCGCACCACCAUCAGUCUGGUCGAGUAUCUGCGCCGACAUGGCGUCGACAUCGUCGUCGUAGCGCCGCAGUUUGAGGGCGCAGACUCCUCGCGCGAUAUCCGUCUGCCCGGCUAUCCUCUACCCUACAACCCGGAUCUAACCGUGGUAUAUCCCUUCCGGCUAGACGACAUCUACAACCGCAGCUUCCAGCCCGAUCUCAUCUACGUCGCCAGUCCGGCCUCGCUCGGCUUCCAGGUGCUCCUGCAGACGCGCCAGCUGCGCAACCCGCCCGUGGUGCUGCUCAACUUCCAGACCGACCUGUCCGCCUACAGCGAGAUCAUCUUUCCCGCGCCGCUCGCCCGCUUCGCCGUCUGGCUGCUGGCCACCGUGCAGGGCUACCUCUUCCGCCAUGCCGCCGUGCACACCAUCUUCUACCCCUGCACCGCCGUGCUGGACUAUCUGAAGACCGCGCACGCCCCCGUGGACCGGUGCGUCCAGCUCGGCCGCGGCGUCGACACCGCCCUCUUCCACCCCUCCCGCCGCGACGACGCCUACCGCGCCGCCAUCGCCCCAAACGGCGAGCUCAUCCUCGUCUGCGUGUGCCGCCUCGCCCCGGAGAAGGGCUUCGAGUUCCUCGCGCGCGCAGCCACCAAGCUCGCCGAGACGAAACUCGCCUUCACGCUCCUCAUCGUCGGCGGCAACCGCAACCCGGCCGUCCAGACCCGCAUCCAGCGGCUGUUCGACCCCGUCCGCGAUCGCGUCGUCUUCACGGGCUUCCUGACAGGCCUGCCGCUGGCCCGUGCGUAUGCCUCCGCUGACGUCUUCCUGCACUGCUCCGUCACCGAGACCUUCGGGCUGGUCGUGUUGGAGGCCAUGGCGAGCGGGCUGCCGGUGGUGGCGCGCGACCAGGGCGGGCCGUCGGAUAUCGUGCGGGACGGGCAGACGGGGUAUCUCGUUCCGCCGGAGGAUUUGGACCGGUUUGUUGCUGUCGUUCGCGAGGUCGCGGCGCGUGUGCCGCUGCGGGAGGGCCUGGCGACGGCGGCCCGGCUGUAUGCGGAGGAGACGACGUGGGAGAAGAUCAAUCACCGCGUGGCGUGUCGGAUGGCAGAGGCGUUGGCUGACGGGAGGGAGCUUGAGCGCUCGGACGUCGUCUUGUCGAUUGGGGAGAGGCUGCGCAUCACCGGCGCGGUUGCUCAGCGUGACGGAAGCAAUCUCGCGCAGCGCCUCGGCCGUAAAGAAGGCCUGGUGGCCGCAGACCAGCACGUUGUGGAACGUCAUCAGACGCAUGAGCAUGUCGUCGUGGAUGAUCUCGGCGGAAUGGUCAUUGUAGAACAGAUCGCCCUCCUCCUCGUACACGUCGAGCGCCAGCCCGCCGAUCUGGCCGGUCUUCAGCGCCUGGAUCGUGGCGCGGGUGUUGACGAGCCCGCCGCGCGACGUGUUGACCAGCAGCGCGCCCUUCUUCAUGCGCGCCAGCGUGCCGUCAUUGAUAAUGUGCCGCGUGCCCUCCGUCAGCGGACAGUGCAGACUGACAAUGUCACUGCUUGCCAGCAGCGUAUCGAGAUCGACAAACUCGCCGUACUGCCGGAACUCGUCGCCGCCGAACGGAUCAAACGCCAGCAGCCGGCACCCGAAGCCGUGCAUGAUGCGGGCGAACGCCAGCCCGAUGCGGCCGACGCCCACUACGCCGACCGUCUUCCCGCACAGCGUCACGCCCAGGAACCCCUCGAGGUUGAAGUUGCCCUCGCGCACGCGGUUGUACGCGCGGUGCGUCUUGCGGUUCAGCGUCUGGAUCAGCGCGACGGCGAACUCGGCCACGGCUUCGGGCGAGUAGCUCGGCACGUUGGCGACGAAGAGGCCGAGUUUCUCGGCGGUGGGGAGGUCGACGUUGUUGAAGCCGGCGCAGCGGAGCAGGAUGGCGCGCACGCCGUAGCUGUGCAGGGUGGUGAGCACGGGGGCGCUGAGGCUGUCGUUGACGAAGACGCAGACGGCGUCGCUGCCCUGCGCGAGAGAGACGGUUUCGGGGGAGAGCGCGAAGGAGUGGUAGAUGGUUUCGCAGAGGGAGGGGUGGUGGGUGUCGCGGAUGGAGUCGAGGUAUUGUUUGUCGUAGGACUUGGCGCUGAAGACGGAGAGUUUCAUUUUGUUUUUCCUAUUCUCCUUCUUUCUGAUUGGUUCUGGAAGUAUCAAGUAGAGCCUGUCGGAGGUGUGGUGGUGGUUUGUUGGAGAUGA